AUGGCAGUUGAUGUGUGCUCAGAGAUACUCAGUUUAGGUGCCAGCCCAAGAAUCUCAUUCUCUCACGAUCUCAACAACCAAUCAGACACCGUCCGAUCUGACGCCUCUCUUCUAGAUCCCAAUUUCGAUUUCCAUUUCUGCAUCAGCAAAAGCUUCCCUCAAGAACUUCCCUCCGCAGACGAGCUCUUCUCCAAUGGCAAAAUCAACCCAAUUCAGAUCAAGAAACAAGUUCAACAGAGCAAUUCAAUUCUGUCUCCAGAGAAAACUGGUAAUCAAAAUGUUGGAGAAGAAACCAAGAAAAAGAGACUGAAAGAGUUCAUAUUCAGCGAUUUCGACGAUGCAGAGGAAUUAAAGCCAAGCUCGAGAUCUUUCUGGCAGUUCAGACGAAGCAAUAGUCUGAAUUGCGAAAGUGGUCGAAGUAAAAGCUUGAUUCGAUCAUUACAAUUCUUAUCCAGAAGCAAUUCGACUGGUUCGGCACCAAAUCCAAAGCAAAUUCAGAAGCAGAACUCUGUAAAACAACAACAACAACAACAGCAACAACAACAACCAACGAUUUCAUAUUCGAGGUCAUCAUCAUCUUCUUCUCUGUACACAAAAUAUAAUCCUCAUAAUUCGUCGAAAAAGCCGCCAUUGAAGAAGAAUUGCAGAGCAUACGGUAAUGGAGUCCGAAUUAGCCCUGUUUUGAAUAUUCCACAUAAUUGCAUAGCUAAAGGGACUGCAAGUUUGUUUGGGUUUGGUUCAUUGUUCUGUAAUGGCAAGGAUAAAAAAAAGAAGAAAUGA